AUGAACAUUAAAAGGAGAACCAUAGCACCACCAGUUCCCAAAUUUAAUUUGAAUGAAUUUGAAACUAACCCUAUCGAAAUGCUUCCAAAUGAGAAGUAAGUGGAAGUUUCUAAUUGCUAUUCAACGAUGUUAGAUAAUAAUUCUGACACUUCCUCAGAUGACAAUCAGGAAUAAAAUGUUGAUCGCAAAAAACUAUCAGCAAUUGUUGAAGAAAUGAAAAACUAAAUAUUUCUUUUGGGAUUAAAGGAAGAUCUAUUAAAAAUUGCAUUACAACUCUUAUAACCUGAUUUACUAUCUGAACUCAAAUAAAAAAAAUACACUGCCAUCGCCAUUGCUAUUGCAGGGUUGAUUGCCGCCAUUAAAUAAACAAGCAUUCCAUUGACUUAGAGAGAAAUUCUAGCUAAAUUUUCAGUUUCAGAAAAAUUAAUUAAAAAAAUAUUACUCAAAAUACACAACAAUUACAAAUUAGAAUCGGUUGUUUAAGCAUUUAUAAAAUCAAUAUCAACCAACUUGGGACUUAACGAAAGAUUUAUUAAUUACUGUAUCCAAGUAUUUAAUAAAAUCCAACAGAAAAAUCUAAUCCAAGGAGAGCAUGAAAAUGUGAUUGCAGCUGCAAUAGUCAAAUAUAGUGGAGACAUCAUUUUUGCAAGCCGAGGAGGUAUCCUAUCUACAGUGAUUGCACAAUAAGCUAAAUGUAGUAUUGGUACAUUUAAGUUGUUCCACAAAAAAAUUAUGGAAAACUAAUACUUUACUAUGCAAACUCUAAGAUCUUUAUCAUGA